CCUCUCCCUCCUGAGCUCUCCGUCCUUGCUCUUGAAAGACCUCGCUUGCUUUCCUUCACACAGAAAAGAAAACCAGAACAAAACCCUCACCAUGAAGGCCUCUGUCAUCACCCUCCUCCUCGCCGGCCUGGUUGCCGCCCAAGACUUCACCGGCCAGCCUGACUGCGCUAUUCCCUGCCUCAAGGACGCCAUCCCCAAGGCCGGCUGCGCUCUCACAGACACCGCUUGCGCCUGUAAGGCCGACGUCCAGGCCAAGCUCGCCGGCCUUGUUGCCCCUUGCCUCAUCAGCAAGUGCAGCGCCAGCGACCUCGCAAAGGCUCAAUCUGCUGCCGCUGAGGCCUGCAAGAAGGACACCAGCGGCUCCUCUUCUGCAGCCUCUUCUCACGCUUCCACCACUGCACCUUCAAGCGAGACUUCUGCCGCUUCUACCACCGACUCCACCACUGAGGCCGGCAAAACCACCACUGGCCCUGCUUCCACUGCUGCCACCGAGACUACUGCUUCAGAGACCUCUGCUCCCGCCUCUAGUGCUCCCACCUCAGCUGGCCACACCAUCCCAACCUCUGCCCCCGGCGGCAUUUCCAACAGUACCACCUCUGGUGUUCGUUCCGUCGUCACCCGCACCUCUACCGCCUUUGUUGGCGGCGACGAAGGCAGCUCGACCUCUGCUGCUCCUGCGUCCACCACCCUCGCUGGCAACGAUGCUUCCGCCCCUGUGGCUGGUGUCCUCGGUGCCGUCCUGGCCGCUUUGAUGGCUCUGUAAAUGCACGGUUUAUCAUACUCAUCGUUAAUGGUUCAAGGUGUUGGGAUAGCAUGUAAUCAUGAUGUGACGAGUUUAUAAUAUGAAGUGGCGUGGACAUUCAAAACGGCCUUUCUUUUUUCUUUUGGGACCAUGAUUGAUUAAUCUGGUCAAGGAUUUUUUUGGUGUUUUGUUUUUGUAAUGCAGAUUCUGACUGAGCGCUUUUUAAUACCACAAUGCAAUAAUAUGAAGGCUGAUAUAUUAUGGCA